AUGCCAGUCGUCUUCUCCCCAUUACAAAAACAAGUCCUCUCUCUCUACCGAACUGCCCUCCGGUCAAUCCGUCAAAAGCCUCCCUCAGCCCAAGCAGCCUUUCGCAAGCUGUACAGGCAUGCCUUUCGUACCCGCGCAAGAGAGUACAGUAAGCGCGACAUCGCGGCUGUUGAGCACCUCCUGAGGCAGGGGAGGAGAUGGGUAGAGGUCAUGCAGGGUCAGGGAGUGAGGGGGGUCGCGGUGGGCCUGGAGGUGGAGCGAUGGUGGAACGAGGAGGGGAGGAGGGAUUGGUGGACUGCUAGAGAGGAGAAGGCUGAAGAGGAGGAUGGGAAACAAUAG